UGCUACCUUGCCAAUGCCAAAGCAGUUGGGGGCGGUUUGUUUGUGUUUAGAAUUUGAAAAUGAUAUGUCAUUCUUGGUACUGCAUGAGUGACCAACAGACAACACAAAUGUAACUGCAUACUUUUCGGCGCUGGGUGUCUUAAUUCGCACUCAUGACUGUAAUUAAUGAACAUAUUUUACACCGACGUCAUAUAUUAUUACUCGUUCUGAUAGGAAUCUUUGUAAUUUCUGUUGUAGCGGUUACAAUAUCACUUCUUAUAGUUAGUCCAGCUUCUGGAGUUGAAGAUGAAUACUCUGGGCAGAAAAAUGUGUUAUUUAUUGUUGUGGAUGAUCUGAGACCUGCUCUUGGUUGUUAUGGAGAUAAAAAAGCCAUUACUCCCAAUAUAGAUCAGUUGGCUUCAAAAGGCAUUGUUUUCAAGAAUGCUUAUGCUCAGCAAGCUCUUUGUGCACCAAGUCGAACUUCAUUCUUGACCAGCCGCAGGCCUGAUAGUUUGCAUCUGUAUGAUACGGGAAGCUACUGGAGAGAGUCAGUUGGAAACUUUGUCACUUUACCACAACAUUUCAAGUAUCAUGGAUAUGAAACUAUAAGUGUUGGGAAAAUUUUCCAUCAUGGUAUUGUCUCAAACAAAACAGAUGAUUAUCCCAUUAGUUGGACUGAAUAUCCUUAUCGCCCAUCCACAAUGAAAGAUAAGAUGAUGGCAGUGUGCCCAACUCCUGAUGGAGAACGUAUGAAUUUGAUUUGUCCAGUUGAUAUUGAAACGCAAGAUGAAAAGACAUUGCCUGACAUUCAAAAUACUGAUUAUGCUAUUCAAUAUUUAAUGAACAAAACAAAAGGACCCAAUAAGAAUGUGCCUUUCUUCCUAGGAGUUGGAUAUUAUAAGCCUCAUAUACCUUUUAAAUUCCCUAAGGAAUAUUUAGAUUUAUAUCCAAUUGAUUCCAUGGACUUAGCCCCAAAUAAUACAAAACCUAAAAACAUGCCUAAAAUAUCAUGGAACCCAUGGAUGGAUAUCAGAGAAAGAGAUGAUGUCAAAGAAUUAAAUAUUUCAAUACCAUACGGACCUGUGCCCGAUGAUUUUCAGCGGGAAAUCAGACAAGGUUAUUAUGCUUCAUUGUCAUAUAUGGAUGAUCAACUUGGCAGGCUACUAAAAGCUCUUGAAGAUUCUGGUUAUGCAGAUCACACUACUAUAGUUUUAUUAGGAGAUCAUGGUUGGUCAUUAGGUGAACAUCAAGAGUGGUCUAAGUACAGCAACUUUGAAGUCUCCCUGAAAGUUCCUUUGAUUGUUUACAUACCCGAACUUAUGGAUGAAGAUAAGAAAAGGGUACCAUUCCAUCACAAUAAAGUGCUCGAAUAUGUACCUACAAACAAAUCUGGGAGUGCCGAGUCCUCUAUGCUGGCAUCAAAAUACACCCCAAAAUAUCAAACAGAGGAAUUAGUUGAGCUAGUCGAUUUAUUUCCAACUUUAGCUGAAAUUGCUGAAAUAGCAGUGCCUCCUCUCUGCAGAGUUUAUUCAACUACAUUUUGUUCAGAGGGUCUUAGUUUCUAUCCACUUAUUGAACACUUGGUCACCGAUCCAUGGAUAGAUUUUAAUUGGAAGACUGCAACAUUCAGUCAGUAUCCAAGGCCUUCAUUAUCUCCUAAGAACAAUAGUGACCAACCUGCUUUAAAAGAUAUAAGAUAUAUGGGCUACUCUAUUAGAACCACACGAUUUCGUUAUACUGAGUGGGUUAAGUUUGACAAAGAGAAAUUUAAGCCUGAUUGGCCAACAAUUAUCUCUCGAGAGCUUUAUGACCAUAAGCAGGAUCCACAAGAAAUGAAUAAUGUCAGUGAUCAAGACGAGUAUGCUAAUUUGGUCAUAGAGUUAUCAAAGAAAAUUAAAAAAGGUUGGCGUCAUGCCAUGCCACCAGGAUUAUUUGAUGGUCCUCUGAAGCAUUUUCAUAAUGAAGUAAAUUCAUGAUGAUUUCUGUAUCAACUUAUUUUUAACACAUGAAAAUAUCGUAAAUGAACAAAAUUUUUAAUAACAUUUUAUCAUUAAAGCACUUCAACCUGUUGCUAGGAAAUCAUCUUAAUAAUAAGUACUGAGUUUGAAUAUCAUUAUCAGAAUAUAUAUAUAUUUAUAAUCAAUGAUUUUUAUUUCAAUUUCUUGAUGGAAAAUAAGUUUUUCCUAUGAGUAUGUGUUGACAGUCUUUAGUAACACUGAUUUAUAUGGCAUUUAUAAGUGAAUUAUCUGGUCAGCAUGUAAUGUUUUGUAUAUUUAUAUUGAUUUCUGAACAAAGUUUUAUGCAUGAAUUCCAUUUGAGAAAUGUUAUUUUUUCUAAUUUUAUAUUUUGAUCAAUUUCUAGUCAUUUAGUGAGCAAUGUAUGGUGUCAGUAUUUAAAGCAUCUAGAUUCUGUAUAAAAUCUUACAUGGAGUAUCCACUCUUAACACUUUCUCUAAUCAUAAAUAUUAUUGAAAUUUGAUCUAAUUCAUAUACAAUUGAAAAGAAAUGAUGUAACAAAUUAUGUUUGGUAGUUUUUGAGCUAGUAAAUUUUUUCAGCAUUAUAUGUCAUUGCUGAACUUUUUCUAAAAAAUAUUCAUGGCAUAUUAUUGAAUAAAAGUUUCAUUCUUUUGCAACUAAAACUGAUGUUUAAAUUUCAACUCUCUUGAUUUCUUGAUGGCAGCCACCGAUUGACAUGAUAUAAAUAUUCACAUUUUAGAUCCUUUUUCUAACUCGAUUCUUUUUAAACUCCUAUAUGAAAAGAAUCUUUUGCAAAAUAUGAUUGAAAAAUCGAAAGUAGGCUAUGAUUAGAGUGGAUAUUUUGUUUAAAUUAAAUUUUUUGGAAACUUUUACUGAAACAUUAUCAAAAUGUGAAGAAGAUUGAUUGAGAGGAAAACAUAAAUGAAAAUGCCUUUCAGAAAAAUUUAUGGGAAAUUUUCAGUAUAAGGGAAUUAUUAGAGUAAACUAUUAGAUUAUUUUGAGAUGAAACUCAAUCUCAAAUACUUGCUAAUACAUGUGCAAUUGUCAUUUUAUUUUAAGUAUUGUAGCGUACAUAUAAUCAACAAUGCUGAACAAAGGAAAGUCUGAAUAAACACUUCAGUUCAAUUUAAAAAAUAACUUAUUAAAUUUCAAUAAAUGGAUAUAGGAAUGAGUACAUUUAAGAUGUUAAAAUGUGUCAAGAUUUAUGUGGAAGUUCUGGUUUUGUUUAAAGAAAGUAUUUUUGCUAAGCUGCGUUGAAAUGUUGGCUCUGAAAAAUAUUACUUGAAUUGACAAUGUUUUCAAAAUGAGAUCUUUACAGAACAACACAAUAGAGUAGCCUAGUAAAAGGAAAAGCUUAAAUUCAUUUUUUAACAUCGAAAACAACUUUUGUAAAAACAGUAUUGCAUUUUCAUAGUAUAAAUAUAAAAUUUUAACAAUACAAAUGUGAUCUUUGUUUGAAUAUGACGAUUAGGAAUUACCGGAAGUGCUACUUCUGGAACAUUAUGUUGUGCAAUUUGUUAAGAAGGUUUUAUGUUCCUAAAUGGUUUCAAUAAAAUCAUACCUUGUUAUAAUGAUAUAUAUAUAUGUAUGUGUGUUGUGUGCAUAAAAUUUUGUUAUUGCACAAAUUGUGUUAUAAGAUUUAUUUUCAAUAAAAUAUACAAAUUAAAAAUA